CAAGCGCAAAAGUUUCGAAACUUGAAUCAGAGUUUUAAAAAAUUCAUGGUACUUUACUGCUUUUGUUUUAUUGUCAAAUGAAUUGAAACAAAAUUCCUGUCGGCAAGCCGGAUGGUAAAGGUGGAUUCCAUUUAAAUAGAAAUAUGAAGAAAUUCUUUCUGAAUCUUCCACCAUUUUCUCCACUAAUUUCAUAAUAGUUGCAAUAAGGAUUAUAAAAGAAAAUAAAAGAGAACGCAAGAGAAGGUAACUUUCCAUAAGACUCUCAGAGGACAAGGAUGACACAUGAACCAGUUCUCUCCGAAAUUCCGCACCAUAAAAUCGAAUGAAUGUGAAAAAGUUUUGGUUCUCCAAAUACAGGAAAAACAAAGUUAAUAUAGAUGGCACUCUUGUCGUCGAAUGACAAAUACCUCACCAUGAACAUUUUCAAUUGAAUUCAAAGAUAUCCUACAUGGUGAUUGAAGAACUGCCAAAUCAGCAUGGCUGUCUGUAUAAUAGGAAAUUCAUUGAUCAAAGACAAGAUUCACCCUCAGAGGACUGAUAGCGAGCUGGAGGUUGCCUCCAAAUGAAGACAUGUCAAGAAUCGCUCUGUGUACUGAAUCUUGAAUCACUAAUGAGAAAAACACACUCCAAUUUCGGUGUAUCUAAGAAUGGUUCGUAAUGAUGAAUUGGAAGAAAAAUAAAUCAUCAGUCGUCGUCACAUUCUUCUUUUGGUCCCGAGAUACAAGUCGCUGAAACCUGACACAAGCACGCAGGACAUGGACUGCUUACCUGGUAUCACAAAUAGGAAUAUGAAAUUCUAAAGUUGAGCGAUUUUGAGCAUGUUUAUGAACAUUUAUGAACAGUUUGAAGCAUUCGUACCUCUCUUCAACCAGAAUUCAGGUCUUGGAUUUGUCUACUAUCUACAUGGUUAUCGCGCUCCUACCUUUCAAAAAAGAAACUGACUUCUGAAGGAGUUUAAAUUUCUUCACAAUAAUAAAUCAGAAAUGGCUUCGAGUGAAAAUUCAAAAGUGUCGGAUUCAUCCCCAAUGCCAAAGAGUGAGAAAAUGGAAUCACGAUUGAUCAUUAAUGUCAGUCCAAAAUUAAAGAUCAACAUUUGCAAACCUCUCAUCCCUUUGAAGAUUGCACUCACGCUUUGGUUCACAGCCUCUAUGGGAAUGACAGCAUACAUAACUUUAUUUUUCAAGCAACGAGGACUUACUUUAGAAGAAAUAUCUUUCAUGUACUUAAUAGGAAACCUCUCUCAGUUCGUUUUCAACACUGCUUGUGGUGUAAUAUCGGAUAAAAUAAGAAGACCAAUUUGCAUGACUGUAUUAUCAAUGUUGAUAGCAGGGGCUUUAGCAUCCAGCUUUACUUUCAUUCCAAAAGUAAGCGAAACAAUUGAAGAAAAUCAAUCAUUUAGCAGCGUAAACUGUGGAAAAACAGAUUAUGAUCAAAUAGGAAUCAAUCGAACUUGUGAUAUUAGCCUACAAGUUAUAUCUUGUGAAGAAAUGUGCAGCCAAGCAUGUUGCAAGGACGCCUCUCUGGACAAACUUAAAUUAAUCGAUAAAUUUGUAAAUAUAUCCGAGUCCAGCUUCAGUAAUGGCUCUGAAUACGAUUUUGAUUGGUGCAUGCGAGGCUCUAAAACUGUUUUGUUUACAAAUGACACUCGGACUCUCUGUAGAGUAUAUCAGAAGACAUGUGCAAUGGCUUGUGAUGGGUAUGAAACUGCAGAUGCAGAUAGGAAAACCCGUGUAUUAUUUUUAAUAGCGAUUGCAAUAUUGUUUCUGACUUUUGACGAAAAUGUGUUUCGUUUUUUAGACAUUUUGGCGAAUUACAUGUCGAAUGCUUAUGACGCUGAAUAUGGCAGACAAAUAUUUUGGUCCAACAUAGGCGCUUUGACUGGUCCAUCCCUCGUAGCUUUAAUUAUACAACAGGCAUCCGUUUCUGAAGAAGUGGCAAAUUAUGAAUCUUCUCUAUACUUCUAUGCAGCUGUAGCCUUAUUAACCAUUGCAACAGUUUGUACUUUGAAUGUGAGUCAAAGCAAACCUAACCAAGAAAUGUCAAAAGCUGCAAUAAAACUCUUCAGAAAUAUAGACUUUCUUUUUUUCGUGUCCGUUCUGUUUGUCCUUGGUGGAACGUGGGGAUUUUUGAUGAGCUACCAUAACCUAUUUCUAUCCGAUAUCGGGACACCGAUUUAUAUGAUGGGGCUUUUGGACACUUUUUCUGGUAUCUGUGGGCUGCCAGUGCUGGUCUCAGGCAAAUGGCUCACUGACAAAAUUGGACACACCAACGUCUUCACUUUAGCUCUAUUGGGUUACUUCUUCAAAUGCUUUGGAUAUUCAUUCCUUCGGACUGCCUGGCCUGUCUUCUUCUUGGAAUUGUUCAUGAUAUUUAGUUACCACUUACUCUGGAUUGGAACUAUGGAUUUUUGUGCAGCGAUCGGGCCGGAUGGAUUGAAAGGCACGGUGAUUAUGUUGGCUGGCGCGGUGCAUUUUUCUUUAGGUCGAGCCCUUGGUAGUUUUGCCGGGGGACUUCUCAUGAGUGGGUACGGCGCUCCUGCAGCUUUCCAAAUAAUAGGUGCCGUAAAUGGUGUUGCAUUUAUUUUAUACAGCAUCUAUAACUAUUUCAGGAAAUCUCGAAAAAUAAAGAAGAUCGACGUUUCUUGAAAUAAUAUUUAAAAAUUUGAGUUUUUUAAAAAAACUCUUUGGAUAAUAUUAAGCUCAAGUUUUGAUUAUGAUGUUGAGGAGGAAGCGUUACGAGAAAGGAUGAGUUAUGGAGACAGGACGGUUUUGAUUAGAAGCAAUUUCUUAGUUCUAGUUUUCUCGGAUCCUUGAAAACUUCAUCAUGGAAGGACAAUUUUAAAUAUGAAAGCAUAAUUACUUGCAUUUAAGGAAGAUAAAAAGAAUUUAAUAAAUUUUUUUUGUUAUGUAUUUCGAAAUGAUAGCAAACUCUUGCUGUUAUUUCCAUGCAUACAACAUUGACGAAUUUAAGAAAAUAAAAUUUAAAAAAAGGCAAACAAUUAUUUGGAUAUUUUGUUUAACUCCAUGUA